AUGGAAAUUGUUGAUGAAGUUAGCUCAGAAUGCGAAUUUGUAUCUGAAAACGAGGUGACGACUAAUGACAAAGGGAAAAAGACCUCAAACUCGAAAAAGGUUAAAAAACCACCUCGUGCUCCUUAUGCCAGUGAAUCCCCUUCUAUACAUGCGAGGAAAAGAAAAUCUAUUUGGUGGGGUCACUUUCAAGAUAAAGGCAUUCUGGAUCUUGCAGAGUGUAUACAUUGUCAACGUAGGAUCGGUUGUGCAACUGUAUAUGGUACUUCCCCUCUGAAAAAUCAUGUCUUGAGUUUCAAAAAAUACCAACCAAAUGUUGAUAAGAAACAAAAGCUUAUCGAUCUCGAGUCCAAAACACAUGUAAGUGAUGAUGGUUCAGUUGAAACUGUAACAAUACAUAAGCUGUAG